GCCUCCAGGAGGCUCCGCCCCUGCGCCAGCCGUUGCUAGGCGGCAGGAAAGCGCCAGCUCCGUGUGGGCGACACGCGGGGGCGCGAGGAGGGAGGUGCCGGGCACCGCGCCGCGCUGGGAAUCGGCCUUCGCUGCCGCGAUUGGGCGCCCAGCGACUUGGGCUGGGAAUCCUCUGCUCCGAGGACGCCGGGCGGGGGCGCUCGACGGGUAUCGAGCUGCUUCGAAAGUCUCAUGGCCGGAAGUCGCCGACCUCUGGGGCCUGGAUUUAUCUCACAAAAGAGUACUUCGUCAGGAAAAUGAAGCACUGGAAGUGCUUCUCAAAGGCAUCAGUUACUGAUGUUCUGAAACCAGAUAAGCCAUGCUCAGGAAAAGACCACAAAGUGCAUUUGUCAAAUACUGUGAAGGGAACGGCAGUACAACAAACUAAUAAAGAUAUUUCAGCCCAAAGGAUACAGAGAGCUUGGUUAUCUCAUAUGGACAAAACAAUAUUUCAACUCCUAAAGCACACGAUUCGUGCAGCAGAACUUCGUGUGACACAUCAAAUACUGAAGGAAGUGAGCCCCUUAGAGGCUGAGCUUGUGAAAGAUCCUAGCAUGAAGUGUAAAGUUAGAUUCAGAUUUAGUGGUGAAACAUUUCCACCUGUCAUCGUAUUUAAAAUUUUUCUUCAUACCGAAGGACAUGGUUACAACUAUUUCAGUGGAAAAAAGUUCUUAAAGCCAUCGAGUGAGGCAGUGGCCGAUGCUUGCAAAAUAAUGGGGAAAAGGAGAUUUUGUCAUCAAGUUAUGGAAGAGGAACGUUUUUUCCAGAAGUUCAAAAUAACUGAUGAAAUUGAUAUUGUCACCCUGCAAGAUUACAUGCAAUACUCCAGUCUUCUGGAUGAGACUCCUGCAUCCUAUGGUGGCAGAAAUAACUACUGGCGAAAAUUAAACCUCAAAAACAUCCCCAGGACGAUGAUAAUAUAUGACAUAGUUCAUUAUGCAGAGUCUGGAAUAAUCUCACACCGUCUACAAAAAGAAAUGAAGUAUCUGUUACAGAAGCCACAAACGGAAGAGAUGCGUAAGCACCAGCUACGGAUUGUUUCUGAAGUUAGAUGUCCUUCAUCCUUUCCAACUAUCCAACCUUCGUAUGGGCCCUACCAACAGCAGAGUCAAAUUCAACAUCUGGGUCGUCGAUCUAGGCAAGCUCAAAUGAAAGUUGAAAAAAUGAAAAAAGCUUACAAGAUGGCUAAAGAAAAAAAUGCUUCUGUGGGGACUGAACCACAGACAGAUACAUCACGUACAAAGCAAAAAAAGACAGUCAUCUUCUCCUCCCCAUCUUCUGACAUCAUGAAAGUUGAACCCAUGUCAGAUGAGGAAUUGAAAAAAGAAGAAAAGGAAUUAUUUGCCUGGUGUCAAGGCUUGUGUAUUAAUAGUUCUCCAUCAUAUUAAUGCACAGCUAACUGAUAGAAACCCAAAUCAUUUAACAAUGUGCUUGUCUUGCUAAUAUGAGUAUUAAAGGACAAUGAAAUGUCCACAAGCCCUCAGGAUGCUCUCUUAACCAAAUAAAUGUGUGACCGAUUCUUAAGCCCUUUUUGUAUUACUAGAAGUACAAAUAUUUUUUACUGACAAAAUUUUAAUCUGAAUAAAUUAUUUCUAGUAGAUGCCCUCGAACUAUCUGUAUACAGUUUGAGUCAAGAAAUGAUGUACAAAUUAGUCCCUGGAAUUUUUAUUCAAUUUUGAUUUUCCUUCAUUUUUGAAAGAAAAGCAUCUGAACAGGUCAUGCUUAGCAUAAAUAUCAGAAUUCACAGAAUAAAAGGUUGCUCUUGAGUCAGCUUCCAGUUCCUUUUUUUUUUUUAAACUGGCAUGUUGUCUUCACAGAGCACCUU